AUUCUUUUGUGAUUGUUAUAUUUUAGUAUAUGAAAUCGUCUAUGUGGACUAUGAAAAUAAACAAUAAAAACAUAAAUGAUUGCUCUCCAGUGCUAGAUAAAAAAGCUUACUAAAUACAUUCCAUUUACCAUGGCUUCGUCGGAAUUAGAGAGCCGAAACGUCCCGAUAUCCAUGAGAAAAUCAGUGGAGAAUCUUGUAAUAUCAUCACAAGAUGCCAUCGGCCAGAGCAUCAGCCAGGCUCUCAGUAUUUCGGGAAUGAGCAAUCCAGUAUAUCAAGAAAAUAAAAAUCUGUCACGGUCACCGUCACCAUCGCUACGAAUCACAGAACCCAAACAAGAAGUUAAUACAGACAGUGAAUAUGAAAGGAGCGAGUUAUCGCUCAGCGUGCCGCUGCACGGCGCGGGCGACGUGCCGGUCGGCGUCGACGCGGCACUCGCUGCGGCACUCAAGCCCGACUUUAAUAAGCAGCUGUCCAACCCCGGCUCCCGCAGCUCGGACGGCAGCGGUCGAGCCAAGAAGAAGAGCUGGUACAACUCGCUGUACCCCACGUACAAGAGCAAGUCGGAGGACUUCAAGCGGCUGUUCAAGGACCUGCCCGAUGACGAGAGGCUCAUAGUAGAUUACUCGUGCGCACUCCAACGUGAUAUCCUAGCGCACGGUCGGCUAUACGCGUCACAGAGCUACCUCUGCUUCUACGCGAGCAUCUUCGGCUGGGAGACAUCUUUGACGCUCAGGUGGAAAGAUGUCACAGCUAUUACUAAGGAGAAAACCGCUUUAGUGAUCCCAAACGCGAUCCUAGUAUGCACGGACACAGACAAGAACUUCCUAACCUCAUUUUCUGGGCGGGAUAAAGCGUACCUGAUGCUGUUCCGAAUCUGGCAGAACGCACUCAUGGACCAGCCGCUCACCACCAAUGAGAUCUGGCAGUGGGUGCACACAUGUUACGGCGAGGAGCUGGGGUUCGAUUCCGACGACGAGGGAUACACGCGGGAAGCGCCCGACGAACCGACACAACCGCCCGACACGUCCGAGGAGGCGGUCGAUUCGUCCAUGGACGUGGGGGGGAUCGACUCACGCGGUAGGGACCUGAGAGAGCUGUCCCCUCCAUUGUUGACGAACGGCGAUGCUGACGGCGACGCGCUGCCCACCGACAUGUCCGAUACCAGCGAGAGUGAACCCGACCGGAACAGCGGUGAAGAACACAAGUGCACAUCACCGCACACGGGCAAGGUGCUGCUGAAGGAGGUGUUCCCGUUCAACAUCGACCAGCUGUUCACCAUGGUCUUCACCAACUCCCAGCUCAACUUGGAACUGCUGGCGGCCAGGGGGGCCACUGAUUAUGUGCAGUCACCAUGGCAACCGGCGGGCGGAGUCAAGUGCCGGCAAGUGAGCUACACGCUGGGACUCACGUCGGGCCCUAUAGGGCCUAAGGAAGUGCACGUUAGUGAGACCCAGAUAAUGAACAAAUGCUCCAAACCCGGCUAUCUCUACUCGAUAAACAUCUCAAGUGAGAACUCGGGCAUCCCAUACGCGGACUAUUUCAGUGUGGAAGCGCAUUAUUGCUUCGAGCGAGUCCACGAUACGACCACACGGCUUACUAUAUACGGAUGGGUUAAUUAUAAGAAGAGCAUGUGGCCUAUGGUUAAAGCAUUCCUGGAAAAGAACACGAUGAGCGGCAUGGAGGAGUUCAGCCGUUUGCUAGAGAGCCAGUUGCGCGCGCAGCUCGCGCCCGCCGCGCCCGCAGCACGUGCGCGCAGACGGCGCAGGCACGACGUAUCACCACCCCUGUGCCCCGCGCCGGUAGCAGUAGCACCACCAACCACGAGUCGAGCGCCAAGAUGGCUGCUAAUAGCAUUGUUGCUACUGUUGCUACUCAACGCGCUACUGUAUACGCAAUUGUAUUUCUAUAAGACGGAGAUUGAUAUGGAGGAGCUGCAAACCAAGCUGAGCGGCGCGCGGUCGGCAGCGGCGGCGCAGUGGUCGGCGCAGCUCGCGCGGCACACGCUGCGCCAGCGCCGCCAGCUGCUCGCCUGGCGGGACGCGCUCGCCACCACCGUCGCGCAUCUUGCUCAGACGGAACAAGCGCUUGCCAAAUUAUUAGAGACUAUAAAACCGGUUCUGGAAAAAUCGGAAAAUGAAGAACAACACGGCGAGCUUUGAGCGGCGUUUAGUGUUUCAUAUUGUCAAUUUAACUUUCAACAUAUUUUGUUGGAGUGUGGUGAAGUGAUCAAUGUAGUUUUACUUAAAAAACAUGUUUUUUUUUGCAGAAGUAAACUGUUAAUUUUUUAACCGACUUCAAAAAAAAGGAGGAGGUUAUCAAUUCGGU